CAGUCCUCGCCUCCGCCCGCUCAGGAGAGACCCGGCCCGACCCUGCGCGGUGCGCUGCGGCCAUGGAGAGGAAGGUGGCCCGGGAAUUCCGGCACAAGGUGGACUUCCUGAUCGAAGAUGACGCCGAGAAGGAUUACUUGUACGAUGUGCUGCGCAUGUACCACCAGGCCAUGGACCUCCCCGUCCUGGUGGGAGACCUGAAGCUGGUGAUCAACGAGCCCAGCCGACUGCCCCUGUUUGAUGCCAUCCGGCCUCUGAUCCCCCUGAAGCACCAGGUGGAGUACGACCAGCUGACUCCCAAACGGUCCAGGAAGCUGAAGGAGGUACGGCUGGACCGGGUGCACCCUGAGGGACUGGGCAUCAGCGUGCGUGGAGGCCUGGAGUUCGCCUGUGGCCUCUUUAUCUCCCACCUCAUCAAAGGAGGCCAGGCCGACACCGUGGGGCUGAAGGUUGGAGACGAGAUUGUCAGGAUCAACGGAUACUCCAUCUCCUCGUGCACCCAUGAGGAAAUCAUCAACCUCAUCCGCACCAAGAAAGUAGUGUCCAUCAAAGUGAGACACAUCGGCAUGAUACCCGUGAAACACUCUCCAGAAGAACCCCUCAAAUGGCAGUUUGUGGACCAGUUUGUGUCAGAGUCCGGGGGAGGUAGAGGCGGCCUGGCAGGGUUGGGCUUGGCCGAGGGCCAGGAGAACAAGGAGAAGAAAGUCUUCAUCAGUUUGAUCGGCUCGCGGGGCCUGGGCUGCAGCAUUUCGAGUGGUCCCUGCCAGAAGCCCGGCAUCUUCAUCAGCAGCGUGAAGCCAGGCUCGCUCUCCGCUGAGGUCGGGUUGGAGGCUGGCGACCAGAUCGUGGAAGUGAAUGGCAUCGACUUCUCCAACCUGGACCACAAGGAGGCGGUGAGCGUGUUGAAGGCCAGCCGCAGUCUGACCCUCUCCGUCGUGGCAGGAGCCGGCCGGGAGCUGUUUAUGACGGAGCGGGAGCGGCAGGCCGAGGGCCGGCAGCGGGACCUGGCGCGGCAGGAGCUGAUGCAGCAGAAGCGGUUGGCCAUGGAGGCCAACAAGAUCUUCAAGGAGCAGGAGGAGAAAGAGAAGCAGAGGAAAAAGGAAAUCGCUCAGAAAGCUGCAGAAGAAAAUGAAAGAUUUCGCAAAGAAAUGGACCAGAUAGUGCAGGAUGAAGAGAAGUUCAAAAAGCAAUGGGAAGAGGACUGGGGAUCCAAGGAGCAGCUGAAGUCUUCCAAAACCAUCACCGCCGAGAUCCACCCGCCACCACCCCGGAAACCAAAAAAUGAAAAGGGUGUAAACCAUCAGCCACUGACCACGAACAUCCCGGACGGAGCGAUCCCGAAACAGAGACCUCAGAAAGGCAAAGAUAAAAAGAAACCCAAGCAUGACAGCACGUUAGAACUGAGAAGGAAUAAGAAGGAGUUGGAAUUUGAGCAGAAGCUGUACAAGGAGAAGGAAGAGAUGCUGGAGAAAGAGAAGCAACUGAAGAUCAACCGCCUGGCCCAGGAGGUGUCAGAGACUGAGCGAGAAGAUCUAGAGGAGUCUGAAAAGAUUCAGCUCUGGGUGGAAAGACUUUGUCAGACCCGGUUAGAACAGAUCUCCUCUGCGGAGAACGAGAUUUCUGAGAUGACCACCAGCCCCCCGCCCCCCGUGGUUCCUCCAUCCCUCCCCCUGCGGCGCUUUGCAGGGGGCCUGCACCUCCACACCACAGACCUGGACGACUUUGCUCAGGACGGCAGCCUCCAGCCUCCAAAGCGCCUGGCUCCUCCCUCCCCCUCGGCCGGGCCUGCGUCGGCCCACCCUCCUCUCACCCCUUCCCCCAAACCAACCUCGAAGUUUUCGGCCCCCUCUCCGCUCUCGGGGACGACCAGGACGGUCUCCUCUUCCUCCGCUUGGCUGCAACGCCCAACGGGUCCCCCCGCGGCCUCCCUGUCCGUUGCCCAGCAGACUCUGGGCUGUGGGCGCCCGCCCCCCUCGGCCCUGGAGGAAGCCCUGGCCGAUCGCGGUUUCCGCUCCGGGGACGCGGCUGACUCGGUGGAUGACUGGGAGGUAAAGAACUUCAGCAGGAGACGUGCUAGCUCCCCCAUCCUAGAGCGAAGCUACCCGCCAACUCCAAAGCAGUUUCCUCCAAGCCCGUCGACCCAGAGACGCCCGGGGGUUUCCACGGUUUCCAAACCCAUCAUGCUCCACCAGGACUCUAACUUCAUCAUCAGGCCACCGGUCAAAGCUGAGGUCCUGCCACAGGAGAUGCUUAAGAGGAUGGUGGUGUACCAGACGUCAUUUAGAACAGACUUCCGGAAAUACGAGGAAGACUUCGACCCGUAUUCCAUGUUCCUGCCGGACCAGAUCCUGGGGAAGGAUGUCCGCCUCCUGCGCAUUAAGAAGGAGGGAUCAUUAGACCUGGCGGUGGAAGGGGGUGUCGAUUCCCCGAUCGGCAAAGUGGUCGUCUCUGCGGUGUAUGAGGAUGGGGCCGCCGACAGGCAUGGUGGCAUAGCACAAGGAGAUGAGAUCCUGGCUGUCAAUGGGAAGAUUUUGAUCGAUGCCACUCUGGAGGAAGCCCAGGCCACCCUGACCAGAGCCUGGAAUCAAGGAGGGGAUUGGAUUGACCUGGUCAUUGCAGUGUCUCCGCCCAAAGAGUACGACGACGAACUCUCUUCGCCUCCCUCCUCUGCAGCGGCAAGCCCUCAACCAGUCAGAAAGAUUUUUGAAGCCAGCGUCCCUGUGCACAGACAAGGGUUUCUCCUGCAGCUCUAGUGGCCACAGUGACCCUUCCUGGUGAAUAGAUGGCCCCAAGGGGCUCUGGGUCGGUCCUCCUGGGGGAGGACGUACGAGGGCCAGGGCACGAGGUCUUGCCGGCCUGCCCGUCCAGGACAUGAUCCAGUCUGGCCCCUCUGCUGUAUCGCCUGCCGUGUGUCACGGGGUUCUUUGGACUGUGCUCCGCUGACAAAUGUUACGGAACCAAAGUGUUCUCACUUUCCCCCUCCCCCGCCACCUGACCAAAAUUUGUCAGGUGUCCUGCCCUUGGAAGUUCAGUCGAUCAUUAAAUCCAUCAGUGGUAUUUAUUGAGCACUUACUGAGUGCUUGUGGCUCUGGGGGGCCUGUUGAACCUUGGUCGGCAAUGGGAUUUAGGCCCUGCAAACAGUCUUUGACAUUCUAUCAUAGAGUCAAACCCACUGAAGGCAAGACUGUGUUCAAGGGGGGUGAGUGUCUCAGAAAACAUUAUUGACACCCUCCGCCCAUCCCACCUCCGCCAUAUGCCUUCUGGGUGACCUUGGGCGAGUCACUU